AUGGCAAUAUCUAUCUGUGGUAUAACUUACAUGCUACAAGUGCCUACUCCACCUAAUCUUGACCUUCAAAAGUGGUGGGGAGAUGGACAGAAACCUUCACAUGACAAUUCUAUUAGACCUUUUAAAAUUGAGUUUAACAAUACGAUGAUUGAUGACUUGAAACAAAGACUGAGAAAUAGGCGUCCAUUAACUAAACCUUUAGAAGGCAUACAAUUUCAAUACGGAAUGAAUACAAUAUAUUUGGAAAAAAUUAUAAACUAUUGGUUACAUAAAUACGAUUUCAAAGAGACAGCUAAUCGUUUGAAUAAAUUUCCUCGUUACAAAACCCGGGUGCAAGGAUUAGACCUUCAUUUUAUUAGAGUGAAACCGAAGAUUAAUGGUGUGAAAACGUUACCUUUAUUAAUGCUUCAUGGAUGGCCAAGUUCUUCGAAGGAAUUCGAAAAAGUUAUACCCAUGUUAACGAGCAAAAGAAAUGAAUAUGGUUUUGUCUUCGAGGUGAUCGCUCCAGACUUGCCUGGUUUUGGCUUUUCAGAAGGUACGAAUAAACCGGGCCUUAAUCCUGUGCAAAUUGGAAUAAUGAUGAGAAACCUAAUGCAGCGGCUGGGUUUUAAUAAAUAUUACAUUCAAGCUGGGGAUUGGGGUUCCCAAUGUGCUACACAUAUGGCAACGUUAUUCCCUGAAGAUGUAUUAGGGUUCCAUACAAAUAUGCCGAUAUCGUCAAGGUCCAUCAGUUCCUUCAAAAUUCUGUUAGGUUCUUUGUUCCCGACCUUUGCAGUCGACGCUAAGCACGCUCACAGAUUAUAUCCAUUAAGAAAAUUGUUUUCUUAUAUUCUGAGAGAAACUGGGUAUUUCCAUUUACAAGCAACGAAACCAGAUACUAUCGGCGUGGCAUUAACAGACUCUCCAGUAGGUAUGGCGGCUUAUGUUAUGGAAAAAAUAGGAGUAGUCAGCAAUAAAGACCAAACUAAUACCAUCCACGGGGGUAUUGAGAAUUUGGAAUUGGACGAUGUGUUGGACACAGUUACUAUAAUAUGGGCGAACAACUGCAUCGUCACGUCGAUGAGAAUCUACGCCGAGGGUUUCACGGGAAGAGAAGUUAAGAUAGUUCACAAUAUUCCAACUAAAGUGCCUACGGCUGCUAUCAACUUCUUACAUGAAGUUCUAUACCAGCCGGAUUGGGUACUCCGAGAUAAAUUCCACAACUUAAUCCAUUCAACUACAGUGGACUUCGGUGGCCAUUUUGCCGCUUUGCAUACUCCUCAUGAAUUAGUUGAUGACAUUUUCGUUUCCGUUUCAAAAUUUAUUACAUUCCACCAAAGAAAUAAAAGUAUCGAAUAA